AUUUUGUUAGAUUUUGAGACCCUUAUUCCCUCGGGAGUCACUCCACUUGCAGCAGGCGUCGUUCACCCCCUCACAGACCUGAGGGGGAGAAAAACGAGGGGCGAAACCGCGCGGGGACUCCGCGUUCCCUCAGGAACAGCCCCGCUUCAGCCAACAGCAGCGGUGUGCGACAGCCCUUUCCCUCCCGUCCACCUGCAUGGAGAGUUACGGAAGGGGAGGAAGAGGAGGGAGGCAGCAGCUUCACUCUGAAGAACGUGGGGAGGCCACACCACCCCCGCGCUGACAGGAGCCGCCCGCCGCUCAGGUGAGAGCCGCCGGCGGGGCGGGCAGGGAGCUCCCCCUUCCCGCUCCCCUCCUCCCUCGGCCCCUGGGCGGGCCGGGGGGACCUGAGUGGAUGGAGCCGGCGUCAGUCAGGGGCAGGGCGAGGCCGGGCGGAGGGGAUGGCGGCCCCCGCCUUGCUCUGGGGCUGCAGUUGUGAGGAGCGGUGGCACCAUGCGGACGGCCGCCGGGGAGGCGGUGGGCGUCCUCUGCCUGGUCUCUCUGGUGGCCGCUCUGGACUACAAGUACCACCACAGCGAGGAGCUGGAGGCGUACCUGAAGGGAGUGCACGCCGCCCACCCGGCCCUCACCCACCUGCACAGCAUCGGCCGUUCGGUGGAAGGUAGAGACCUGUGGGUUCUUGUUCUGGGAAGGUUUCCAACCCAACAUAAGAUUGGCAUUCCAGAGUUCAAGUAUGUUGCUAAUAUGCAUGGGGAUGAGACUGUUGGGAGGGAAAUCCUGCUCCAUUUGAUAGACCAUCUGGUGAGCAGCUAUGGACGUGACCCGGCUAUUACCCGGUUACUCAAUAAUACCCGGAUUCACAUCAUGCCAACGAUGAACCCCGAUGGGUUCGAAGCCACAGUAGUGCCCGACUGUUAUUACUCACGAGGAAGGUACAAUAAGAAUGGAGAAGAUCUGAACAGAAAUUUUCCCGACGCCUUUGAAAAUAACAGCAACACCAUUCAGCCAGAGACUCAAGCAGUGAUAAACUGGAUAAAAAAUGAAACGUUUGUUCUUUCAGCAAACUUGCACGGCGGUGCCCUGGUUGCCAGUUACACCUUCGAUAACGGUAACUCAGUUACCGGCACAUCAAAUGGUUACAGCAGGUCUCCGGAUGAUGAUGUUUUUAUUCACCUGGCAAAAACCUAUUCUUUCAACCACGCCAGCAUGUACAAAGGGAUUGGGUGUGACAGCAGACAGACCUUCCCAGAUGGCAUUACCAAUGGGUAUUCCUGGUACCAGCUGGAAGGUGGAAUGCAAGACUACAACUAUGUCUGGGGACAAUGUUUUGAAAUCACAUUGGAGCUGUCAUGCUGUAAAUAUCCUCCAGCAGAGCAGCUGGAGAAAUUCUGGAGAGACAACAAAGUUGCUCUGGUUGAAUAUAUAAAGCAAGUACACCUAGGAGUCAAAGGUCAGGUUACUGAUAAGAAUGGUAAUCCUAUUCCCAAUGCAAUCGUGGAAGCCAAAGGGAGGACUCACAUCUGCCCCUACAGAACAAAUGAACACGGCGAGUACUUCCUUCUCCUUUUGCCUGGGAAGUACGUGAUCAAUGCCACGGUACCAGGAUUUAAGUCGAUGCUGAAGACGGUGGACAUCCGCGACAACACCGCUAACUUCAGCGCUCUGAAACAAGACUUCUCGUUUCCAGAGGUCUCUGUCAAACCAAGACUGGCUUCGUGCCCGAGAACUCCCCUGUACCAGGAGCUCGAACGUUCUUCAGCUGCAGUAAAACCAACACUACAUAUCUUGGUUUUAGUCAUUGUUACAAUUUCAAUUUUCAAAUGAAGUCAGGAAUUACACGGCAUGGCAUAACCCUCCCGCACAAAUAUGGCUUCUGAAACAAAGAUUGUGUGUAAGAGAACGUUUUUGUAAAGCUGAGAAUUUGGUUUAUAGUCGCGUUUAUUGCAUUUUGUAAAAUACUGCCUCGACAAUCAAAUGUUAGACUUUAAUUAGACUGUCACUUUUCUACAAGAAUAUUUUUACUUCAAAGAAAUACCACACAGCCUAUGGAGAUGAUCACUGUAGGUGCUUGCUGCAGUGUUGCAGACGCACUUUAAAGAACUUGCCAGAGUUCAAAAAAAGUUUGGGAUUGUGCUGCAAACGUUUCCCAGUGGUGCUUUGCUGGACCAACAGUUCGUGUGCCCACACGCAUGGAAGCAAUUAGUUCCAUCCUAAUUUCUCAUAAUAAAGCCAUUGCUACAAAUGAAGAAUGACAUUUUUAACUAUGCUCUUUCCUGUCUAGACAAAUGAGACUGAUCUGGACUGAAAUGACAUCAGUAACACACGUUCUAAGGAGGGAUGCUGGGAGUAAGUAGUGGGAGGUACAUGCCAGAGGGCUGUGGUGCUGGAGGCUCAGUGCUAGCCUGUGCCACCAGGCAGACCUCAGAGGAACACUGUUUUCAAUAGUUCUUAAGUCUCUGAAAAAUAUAUAGAAGUAGUCUUCUACAAUUGAAGAACAAUUUUUUUUUUUUUUAACUUUUAUUUGCCCUUUUCUUAAACAAUUCAAGUAGCCAGAAGAGAUCAUGUUUGGAGACACCUGUGUUUUCCUGUACAGGCAUUCAGAUAUGUGGGAACACAGCUGGCCGUUGAUGCAAGUACAGCAUUGUAAGUGCACCACUGUUAGUAACCUGCACUCCUCUCUCUCCCACUAAGACACUGCAGCAGGGCCGUGGCUUCUGUGCCAAAGUGUAAAUGCACAUUGCUACUGAAACCACAAUGCGGACUCAGAACGACACGGGUGUAUGUAAGACAGCAGUUUGUCAGUGCCUCUGUUUGCCCUAC